GGACAUGGUAAACUCAAUCUUGUUUUUAAAUAUUUAUUUUUGUUUCAGUCGAACAUAUUAUAAUGAAUAUUUCUUCUCUUUCAGGAGGUGUUUUAUCAAGAUUCGUCACAAACAUUGCUCCAUCUCAGCAACAAUCUGUUGUUGAAACACAAAAAGAAGUUAUUGCAACUUGUAAUAAGUUAAUACAAGAGAAACCGUCUCGUAACUUCGCAAUCAUACAUCUUUUGGGCAAACAAUGGCGUGUUACCGACGGAGAUCUGCUUGUAGUUGAGGGUUACUGGCCACCAAAUAUCGGAGAUAAAAUAAAACUAGACAAAGUGUUACUAGCAGCCACCAAAGACUUUUCACUCAUCGGACGGCCACUGGUCCAACCUGGCUUAGUGACAGUUACAGCAACAGUAAUUUCUAAGGGCUUAUCUCACACACGCACACAUUUCAAGAAGAAAAGGAGGAAGCAAUUCAUGCGCAUAAACUUCCAAAGAGCUCAACAAACAAUGUUAAGAAUAAACUCUGUUGAAAUUGCAAAUAAGAUUAAUGAAGACUUGAGGAAUGUAUUCUAGUUAUAUAUAUGUUAAAAUAUGUUUCAUUGUAGAUAAUAAAACAAAAUAUUUGUAUUUCUGUUAUUUAUUUGCACUGUCUAAGUUAAAAUUAAUAAAUAGGUAUACCUUAAUUUAAUAAAAUCUAUUCUUUAUCUGCAAAGACCAUUUUACUAAAAACUUUUAUCCUAAAGGUUUUCAUGUCUGAAAAAUAUUUUAAAAUGUUAAUAAUGAAAUAUUGUGUUAAAUAAUUUAAAAGAAUAUUUAUGUUAUUAUAAAUUACACAUAUUUCUAAAAUAAUUUUUCUAAUUAAAACUUUCAUUUAAAUACUUAAAUAUUUUGAAAUUAACCAUUUAACUGGAUAUUAUCACAGUAUUCCUGAAAUAUAUUCUUAUGUUCCUCUCUAAGAAAUCGUUUCAUACCUUUGAACAGAUAAAAUAACUUUUUGUUUUCAAGUAAAUCAGACAAUGUUUUCAAUAAUUUUCCAUAGUCUCCUUCCUUUUUGUAUGCAGAUAUAGAUGAUUGAAAGGUUUUAUAUUGAUCUGUAUCUAAAAGGAUUUUUAUCUCCUUGACAAAAUCGAUUAGAGAUUCAGGAGCCACUUUCUCUAUGCUGCCGGUGCUUGUUAUAUCCUUGCUCUUAUGGAGGUUUUCAUCAAAACCAAAUGCUUUUAUUUUUAACUUCUUUUUUCUAGUAACAGUACUAACAUUGAUUUCAUCAGCAUUUCUUUUAUGUAUUGAUACCAGAGACUGUGAUGUUUUUUGUAUACAAUCACUACUACUAUCUAGAGCAUUGAAAAGGUCUCUAGUUUCUUUGGGCCUAAAUUCAUUCAGGUACGAUGAUGCUUGAGCAUUUUUGUAAAAAUCCAUAGAAAAAUCAGCAUACACUUCAUUAGAGUUUGGAUAUUCGUUCACUGACUUUUUAUUUGGGUUUUUAUUUAUAGUUCUUGUGUUUGCGGAUGGAAAUGAAACACCUUUGGUCAUUGUUAUGUUGUUAUCCUUAUAAUUUAUAUUAGAUUCAUGUGGAUAAAGUGGCUUUAAUCUUGGAGCAGGUAAAGAAGAUUCGGCAGUUUUAAAGAAUCUACAGAUUUCACUUACAGUUUCACCAAAUUUAUUUGAUAAGUUUAUGUAAUCUCUGAGCCAGGCAGACAGUUGAUUUUUUAACUUAGGGCUAUUAAAUCUACUGUCACAUAGUAAAAUGGCGCCAUAGUCAUUUUGAUGACGUAUUACUCUCCCAAUUGCUUGAUUGACUGCCCUUGUUGCUUCUAAAGCAUACCAUUCAUCACCAGAUAAGUACUCUUUAUCCUUGACUCUCAGUUCCUCUAAAUAUUUCUUUUUUAGAAUAAUCCGUGGAUCUUUUAAUGGUGGAAAGGGUAGUCCAGUAAUAAUAACAGCUCUUCCAUUCAUAUCUGCAAAGUCUAAACCUUCUGAUACUUUCCCCCUGCAUACUGCCAUGAAACAAGCACCUUUUGUGUUGGGAUCACUUAUUUUACUGUAGUAAUCAUUUAUAAUUGCAUUAAAAGUAUCUUUACGUUGAGGUUCAACAAAUAUUGGUUUUAUGUUGUUGAUACUUGACCAAAUACCCUCAUUUUGCCACAUCUCUUGACAUUUUGACAUAAUUGGAUAUGAGGGAAAGAAAACCAAAAGCCCAUCAGGAACUACCCUGCUAAAGCUCAAAAUUGUUCUGCCCAAAGAUGU